GUGCAGCAGAGGACAAGGCUGGCCAUCCGAAGGAUGGCAAGAAAGCUGGAAAGAAGGAAGUGAAGGAUGGAAAGAAGAAGAAAAAGAAGGGGAAGAAAAGCUCUUCCUCGCCUUCGGAUGACGACAGCAGCUCCGCCGAGAAGAGCGACCUGGAGCUGGGCGACUGUGCUUCGCUCUUUGGCUUGGGGAAGAGGGACCUAGCCCGACCGGCCGGUUCCGUUCGCCUGGACGAUCUUAGCUGUCGCCAGCUUGGGUUCGCCGUUUCCAAUGUGGUGGAGGCGGUGAGCCCAUCGGAUAUAUUUGAGCUUGGCGGUGAGCUCGAAGGCCUGCUCAACGAUCGUGCUGCCACUGCGAAACGCAACAAGCACAUGACUGAGCACAACCUUGCUCUCUUCGAGGCCAAGACAGCGGCGACGGUCUGGAAGAAACGAAUGGCCACGCUUGUGCAAGCCCGUGCCUUGGAUGAAGCACUACUUACGCAGAGGUUGGUUACUGUUAAUUAG